AUGUUAAAAGUCUUAUUUUGGAAUGCCAGAGGUGCUGGAAGUGAGAACUUUAGAUCUGCCAUUGCAGAUUUAGUCAAUCUACAUUCUGUAGAUAUUUUAGCUAUUUGUGAGCCUCGGGUUCAAUUCAGUAGGGCUAAGGAUGCUCUCAGGAAAAUUGGUUUUUCUGAUUAUAGAAUUGUGGAAGCUAAUGGUUUUUCUGGUGGGAUUUGGCUCCUGUGGAAUAGUUUUAAAGUUCAUGUUGAUUUUAUUGAUAAAAGUGCUCAAUCAGUUUCUGUCAAGAUCUCUAUUCCUGGUAAACCUAUUUGGAUGCUUACUGUGAUCUAUGCUAGCCCCACUAACUCUGUUAGAGCUGCACUGUGGCCUUAUCUGGAUAAACUUACUGAGGAUGUUAAUCUCCCUAGCAUGUUUAUUGGUGAUUUUAAUGAGCUGAUUUCUGUUGAUGACAAAAGCUGUGGUCCUUUCCAUGGAAGAUUUGGUGGCCUCAGAGAUUGGGUUAAUAGAAAUGCCUUACUUGACAUGGGUUUUCAAGGUUCACGUUUCACAUGGAGUAAUAAUAGAAUUAAGGAGAGAUUGGAUAGAGGGUUAUGCAACUGCUCUUGGAGGUCUUCCUUUGCUGAGGCUUUUAUUCAACAUCUUCCUAAGACUAGAUCGGAUCACUGCCCCAUUUUGAUGCAACUCCAUUCUAACAAUUCUGUUAAUAAAGAUGCUACUGCCUUUAGGUUCCAGGCCAUGUGGUUCUCCCAUGCUAAUUAUGAUGAGUUUGUCUCUACAACUUGGAUGGGCCUAACUGGUGAUUUUUCUGCUAAAAUAAAUGCUCUCUCUAAGGCUCUUGCUCAGUGGAACAAGGAUGUUUUUGGUCAUUUGUUUCACAGGAAAAGGAAGCUUUUAGCUAGGAUUGGUGGUAUUCAGAAGGCUAGGGAUAGACAUGAUAACCCCUUCCUUAUUAAUCUGGAAUCUGAGCUUAUUCAGGAAUAUGAGACAAUCAGAGAACAAGAAAAUUUAUUUUGGCGGCAGAAAUCCAGGGACAAAUGGCUGCAAGGUGGAGAUAGAAAUACCAGGUUCUUUCAUCUAACUACUCUUGUUAGAAGGAGGAAAAAUAAAAUUGAGGGAUUAUUUGAUAAGGAUGGUAACUGGUUUACUGAUUCUGCAAGCAUGAAGAAUAUUUCUGUUGAUUUUUUUGUGGAUCUUUUUUCUCUUAAAAAUUAUGAGGAUAUUAGAUUUACCAUUCCCUGGCUUUUCCCUGCUAUUGAUCAGCUGACCUUAGACAAUAUAUGCAAGCCUGUUACUCUUGUGGAAGUUAAAAACUCUUUAUUUGAUAUUGGAGGACUUAAGGCUCCUGGCUGUGAUGGCCUUAAUCACACCAUCAUCUCUCUCAUUCCAAAAAUUGAUGGCCCUCAGCAUAUGGCCAAUUUUCAACCUAUCAGUUUGUGUACAACUAUCUAUAAAGUUAUCUCCAAGAUCAUUGUUGCUAGAAUCAGGCCUUUGAUGCAGCACUUAAUCAGUCCCAAUCAGGUGGAUCUCUCUAAAGCCUAUGAUAGGCUGAGAUGGGAUUUCAUUGAAAUGGUUCUUUAUGAAGCCCAAUUUCCUCAGUCUCUGCUUUCACAUCUCAUCCAAUCAAAUGUGGAUAUUGGAAGUUGGAAACCUGUUAAAGCUUCUCAAUCUGGCCCUAAAAUAUCCCAUCUUUUCUUUGCUGAUGAUCUAAUGUUGUUUGCUGAGGCUUCCUCCAUUCAGACCUGCAAGCUCAAGAGAUGUCUUGAUUUGUUUUGUUCUCUGUCUGGACAGGCUGUUAAUUAUGAAAAAUCCAUGAUCUUUUGCUCCCCUAACACUUGCAAGAGGAUUGCUGUUGAUAUCAGUAAAAUUUGUGGAUCUCCCUUAACCAAUGAUCUUGGGAAAUAUUUAGGUAUGCCUCUCAUUCAUUCCAGAGUUAACAAGAAUACUUAUGCUAGCAUCUUUGAUAAGAUUCAAUGCAGACUAUCUAGCUGGAAGAGUAAGGUUUUGAGUAUGGCAGGUAGAUUAACCUUGGUGCAAUCUGUUACUUCUGCCAUUCCCAAUUAUGCUAUGCAGACUGCUAGGCUACCUCUGUUGGGUGGCCUUGGGAUUAAGAAAACUGCUGAUAUGAAUCAGGCUAUGCUUGCCAAAGCCAGUUGGAGGAUCUUUCAAAAGGACAGUGGUCUUUGGGCUUCAAUGUAUGCUGCUAAAUAUUUGCACAGCUCCAAUAUUACUGAGACAAGUUAUCAACCUCCUACUGACUGCUCAAGCACUUGGAGAAGCAUUUCUCAUGGUGCUGAGCUGCUAAGGAAAUGCCUAAAAUGGCGUAUGGGUGAUGGUAGCUCCAUUAAUUUUUGGCUUGAUCAUUGGCUCCUUCCCUCAUCCCUCAUCUGUUUGGCUCUUCCUACUGCUGACAUUAACAUCAAUGCAACCAUCAAUAGCUUUUGGACUGAUGAGGCCUGGAACCUGGAUCUUCUCUCUUCCAUGGUCCCAAGUGAUAUCGUCAAUAAAAUUAUCAAUAUCCCUACUGGUUUUGAUAAUUGUGGUUGUGAUUCUUUGAUUUGGGGAGCCACAUCUAAUGGUACCUUCACAGUCAAGUCUGCCUAUAAUUCUAGUUUUGAUUUUUCCAACCCCCAAAAUUCUCAAUGGGCUGCUGUUUGGAAAAGUAAUGUUCCUCCUAAGCUGAAAACCUUCAUGUGGGCUGCUCUCCAUAAGAAGUUGCUAACUAAUUUUCAAAGGGCUAGAAGAGGUUUUACCUCCUCCUCCUUAUGCCCUAUCUGCAAGGCUGAUGAUGAAACCCUCAUCCACUUGUUCAGGGACUGUCCUAGAUCUCUUGCUAUUUGGAAUGCUUUUCUUAAACCUGGGGCUAUCUUUAACUCUUUCUCCCUGGACUGGAAUGGUUGGAUUGCUGCUCAACUGCACUGUCAGACACUGAUUCAGAAGAAUAUUAAAUGGUUUAUCAUGCCUACUUGUCCUGAUAAAGUGAUCUGGAACUAUGCUGCAGAAUGGACUAAUGCCAAUGUCAAAUUGAAUGUUGAUACUGUCUACAGGUACAUCCCUCUUGCUUGGAAGAAGCCUAUGGAUAAUUUUUACAAACUAAACAUUGAUGGGACUAGAUCCUCUUCAACCUGCAAAAUUGGUGCUGGGGGUGUCAUCAGGGACCAUAUGGGUAACUGGAUCACUGGUUUCCAAGUCAAUUUGGGAACUGGAGAAAUUCUUGAUGCUAAAGCUUGGGGUUUAUUCUACGGUCUUAAACUUGCUGUGAGCCUUCACAUCUCUCAUUUGGAGGUGGAGUCUGAUUCUGCCAUCUUGGUGCAGCUUAUGCAGAAAGCUGAAUUCUCCCUUCUUCCACUUGGUUCUCUUCUCAAGGGAUGCUCAAAUAUGAUGGAUGUUAUGGAGAAUGUCCACCUGUCCCACAUCUUCAGAGAAUGCAAUAUGACUGCUGACUCUUUAGCUAAGGAAAGCAUUAAUCAUGAACUUGGUGUCAUCAUUUUUGAGAAUCUGCCUGUUCUAGAGCUAGGAGGAGCUCCUGCUCUAACAUUUAGUUCUUUUUGUUGUUUUGUUUGGGCCUUCUAG